AUGGAGCCCGCUCGUUCACAUUCCUCCCCAAAACCUUCUGCUCUGCGGUGGCAGAUCCUCCGCCGCGCGCUUCUUCGCCGCCACUCAUCGGACUCCUCCGAAGAAAUCAUUUUGGACAAGGUAUCUCGAAGGACGAGAAACGGGUUCGAUUUGAUACCGGCGGUUUUGGUGAACGAUGGUGGCGAAGAAGGUUCAGAUGCUUUGCCAAAGAGAGAUGCUUGUUUCAGCUAUUCAUUACCGCUUCAUAAUGCUCCUAAGCUUUUUCUACGUCAAAGAUGGGAAGAUUGUCUUGAUCUCAAUGACUAUAAAGUCUGUAAUCAAUAUGACGUCGACAACACCGGACUUGUAUGUCAGUGGCCUUCGGAGGACGUACUUGCUUAUUACUCCUUGUCACACCUCGAUCUCUUCAGGGGUAAAAGUGUAAUUGAACUUGGGUCAGGGUACGGGUUAGCUGGCUUUGUUAUUGCCACAGCAACCGAUGCAUCAGAAGUCGUAAUAUCUGAUGGAAACCCUCAAGUGGUUGAUUAUAUACAGCGUAAUAUAGAUGCCAACUCAGCUUCGUUCGGCAGUACUAAGGUAAGGUCGAUGGUUCUGCACUGGGAUCAGGUUGAAGGUUUGGAUAUCUGUGGAGCCUUUGAUCUGGUUGUUGCAAGUGACUGGUAA